AUAUAUAUAUAUCCCAAAUCAAAUCAAUCGAAAAAACAAGUAAUAAAUAAACCAUGUCCAUCAUAUUCAGACAUUGAAAUAAAUAACAGUACGCGAAUUGAUGAAAAAUCUCAACUUGAAACAAGAUCAAGAAAGCUGGUCUUAACAACAUCAAGAAAUAUUGUCUUUAACAACAUAUCACAAAAAAACAAUACUGAUAGAGAGAGUUGUGACCUCGUCAUAAGGAGGACGAUCAGCUAAACCAGGGGGAGGAGGGUGAUGAUGAUGUACAGGAGGGGGAUGUGGUGGAGGAGCUGAUGAUACUGCCGACGGAGGAGGCGGAGCUCCUGUAGGCGGCCACUGCUGGUGGUAAGGGUGGAUUCCGGCGUGGACACUCUUAGAGGGAGAGAAACUCUACUGCUAUUAUAUUAUUAUAGAAGAUUUUAGUAGUUGACAAUAGUAUAAAAGGGCAUUUGGUCUAAAUAAAAGUUUCAGGCUUAGGCCCAUAUACAUAUACAGAUAUUGUGAGAAAAUAUGCAACCCUAGGUUUUAAAGGUAUUCUUUCUUCUUUCUUCUUUCUUCUUUCUUCUUUCUUCUCUCAACAUUCGAUCUCUCUCUAUGGAAACAGCAAACACAGGCAUUUUUUGGUAUUUGGAUGAUUGUCCAAUACCAGAAGGUCUCAGUGCUUUGAAGGUGUCACAGAACAUGAGAUUGGCUCUGUCAAAGUUGAAUUAUAGUGGUAAGGUGUUUAUCCAUGCUUAUGGCGAUUCUCAAAAAAUCUUGGAAGACCUAAACCACCCAUCAGGAGACCAAACUCUAGACUUUGGCAAAGCAUCCAUCAGUGCUACUAAGCCAGCACUCGUUGUCAAAGAUACACCCAGUAAUUUUGAUUACCUUGGUACCGCAUCCAUUUAUUCUCCAGAUGAUGAAUCAACACCUCUACUUAUGCUCCAUCACUCAUCAGGAGAUAAAGAUGGGAUGCUUGGGAGGAUUUUAGUGGACUUUAUGAUAUGGGCAGUUGAUAAUCCUGCACCAGCAAAUAUUAUACUAGUCUUGGGAAGCAACAUGUCAAGACGUCAGGAGGAGUUCGAAAAUGCUCUUAUCGAAGUCAAUAUGCUACGUUACAACAUCCAUUUUGCGUAUCCUCAAAACGCAACAUGCCCCUCUCUUCCUUCUGUUCAUAUCAAAUGGCUUUGGGAAAGUCUAUCAAGUGGAGGUAACCCUGAGGAGGAGGAGGAGGAGGAGGAGGAGGAGGAGGAGGAGGAGGAGGAGGAGGAGGAGGAGGAGGAGGAGGAGGAGGAAGAGGAGGAAGAGGAGGAGAAGAAGAAUGAGGAUUAGUUUAUUUAGUCUUGUUUGAGUGUAAUAUCUCAGUUUACUCAGCCUUGUCUUUUUAUAUGUGAUGAAAUGAUGAAACUGCCAACUUGCUUGAAAAACCUGUCUUCGUCCAUUAUAAUCAUCACAAGAAACAUGUCUUGGUCCAUUAUAAUAUAAAAUCUUAAUAUUCAUUAUUGAUCGGGUCUUUGAAAAUUUUAUAUUAACGUUUUCUUUUGGUAACGUCUCUAGAUGGUCAGCAAAAAUUGCAAGGAAGAACGGAUAAUGAGAUCAAGAACGUAUGGCACACUCACUUUAAGAAAAGACUCGAAGAGUAUAUCUGUCAUGCUCAACAAUAACUAAAACCCCUUUGUUACCAAUUUUGGUUCUGUAGAUGUUAUUGAAAACUAUAGGUGAAGAACAACCAUUAUAACAGUGAACUACUUGGAACAUGUCGGUAGUGCUCUAAGUGAACAUGCUUCUUUUGAAUCAAAUUUCUUACACAGCAUUCUCUGUGUUGUUGUUGUUGUCAAAUAGGAGUGUUUUAUUGUAUAUGAAGACUCUAGAGAGAGCUCACAUGCCAAAACACUUGCGGGAGAGAAUUAAGCUACCUAGAAACUAUGAGAAGGCACCUGAACUCAUUGAUAAACACUUGUAGAGACCUGAGAUUAAUCCCUCCCUCUUCUAGCUUCUCUUUCAGUUAUUCUGAUCUAUCACGAUCAACUUCCCUUUCAGGUGUACUGGCCCAUGUUGUUGAAGUACAUGGUUAAACAAAGACUAACCAAAAUGACUCAGAUGCUUAUUCGUAUGAGAAUACUUUCUCUCAAAACAAGGUCAUUUUAUUUUGUUGUUCUUGGUUUGUUUGGUAUGCUAUUUGAUUUACAACAUGUCUUAGUUUUUCUUCGUGUUCUGAUUUGUUUACUUGGUGCUUUUGUUUUUGGAAUCACAGGGAGAAGGUAAUGUCGUCUAUGCCUAUGAGGGAUAUGAAGAGAGAGUUGAGAAGAGAGGAAAAGACUAAAAUAGCAGCAGUGUUGGAUAAGGUCACACUUUGUUAUUCUCGGGUUUUGUUUGUAUGCCUCUUUUAAGCUCUUAGAUUCUCAUGAUAGUGUUGUUUCUUUUGUUAACAGGCCAUUGAAACCUUGAAAAGUGUUUACUACCCUGAUAUACCUAAUUCCCUUGAAAAGAAUGUUGAAGUUGAAGAGGAAGAGGAGGAGGAGGAGGAGGUGCUAUUGUUUUUUUUUUUUCUAAGCAGUCCAUCAAACAUUUUGAGGCAUUUGGUUUGGUAGUUGUGCUUGUCAAAAUUAAUAUACUAAAAAUUGUAUACUAUAAUGUUCUUGAAUUGCUGUUUUUGCAUCAAGAACUGGCAUAUUCAAGCAAGUUGAAACUCAGAACCGUGUCAGAGAGAGUGUCUUCUUUGUCUGCCUCACCUGUUUAGUUGCUUUUUAUUGAGUAUGACACUGUUUCUACAAUAUCAAAUCUGAAAAGCUGAACAAUCUUUGCUUUGUUUCAGACUUUGUACUGUGGUUAUUUGUAUAUUCAAAACACACAUUAAUAAAUAUCAAAUACAUUUUAUCUGCACAAAUGAUUUUGUUUGUGACCCGAAAGCUGACCCGAUGAAUUGGAGCUACCCACUUCCAUUCAACUAACCAAUAGUCUCUCGAUCAACAUUGAAAUAAAUAACAGCACGCGAAUUGAAGAAAAAUCUCAACUUGAAACAAGAUCAAGAAAGCUUGUCUUAACAACAUAUCACAAAAACUACCAAAACAAAGAUAGAAAGAGAGAGUUGUGACCUCGUCAUAAGGAGGACGAUCAGCUAAACCAGGGGGAGGAGGGUGAUGAUGAUGUACAGGAGGGGGAUGUGGUGGAGGAGCUGAUGAUACUGCCGACGGAGGAGGCGGAGCUCCUGUAGGCGGUCACUGCUGGUGGUAAGGGUGGAUUCCGGCGUGGACACUCUUAGAGGGAGAGAAACUCUACUGCUAUUAUAUUAUUAUAGAAGAUUUUAGUAGUUGACAAUAAUAUCAAAAGGGCGUUUGGUCUAAAUAAAAGUUUUAGGUUUAGGCCCAUAUACAUAUACAAAUACAGUGAGAGGAUAUGCAACCCUAAACUUAAAAGAUAUUCUUCUUUCCUCCCACCUCUUUCCUCUUUCUUCUUUUCUUUUUCUUCUUUCUUCUUUUUUCUUUGGACGCCGCAACAUACGAUCUCUCUAUGGAAACAGCAAACACAAACACAGGCAUUUUCUGGUAUGUGGAUGAUUGUCCAAUACCAGAAGGUCUCAGUGUUUUGAAGGUGUCACAGAACAUGAAAUUGGCUCUGUCAAAGUUGAAUUAUAGUGGUAAGGUGUUUAUCCAUGCUUAUGGUGAUUCUCAAAAAAUCUUGGAAGACAUAAACAACCCAUCAGGAGACGAAACUCUAGACUUUGGCAAAGCAUCCAUCAGUGCUACUAAGCCAGCACUGGUUGUCAAAGAUACACCCGGUAAUUUUGAUUACCAUGGUACCGCAUCCAUUUAUUCUCCAGAUGAUGAAUCAACACCUCUACUUAUGCUCCAUCACUCAUCAGGAGAUAAAGAUGGGAUGCUUGGGAGGAUUUUAGUGGACUUUAUGAUAUGGGCAAUUGAUAAUCCUGCACCAGCAAAUAUUAUACUAGUCUUGGGAAGCAACAUGUCAAGACGUCAGAAGGAGUUCGAAAAUGCUCUUCUCCAAGUUAAUAUGCUACGUUACAACAUCCAUUUUGCGUAUCCUCAAAACGCAACAUGCCCCUCUCUUCCUUCUGUUCAUAUCAAAUGGCUUUGGGAAAGUCUAUCAAGUGGAGGUAACCCUGAGGAGGAGGAGGAGGAGGAGGAAGAGGAGGAAGAGGAGGAAGAGGAGGAGGAGAAGAAUGAGGAUUAGUUUAUUUAGUCUUGUUUGAGUGUAAUAUCUCAGUUUACUCAGCCUUGUUUUUUUAUAUGUGAUGAAAUGAUGAAACUGCCAACUUGCUUGAAAAACCUGUCUUCGUCCAUUAUAAUCAUCACAAGAAACAUGUCUUGGUCCAUUAUAAUAUAAAAUCUUAAUAUACAUUAUUGAUCGGGUC